AUGGGUUGUUGUGCUAUUGAACCAGGACAUAACAGGAAUAAAGAAAAGGUUUUUUGUGAGCAAAUUCAAUAGGAUACUCUCAAUAACCAAUAAUCUUAGGACUAAACUCUCCAACCUAAAUAUCAAGAACAAACAAUGGAAAAAGUAACUUGUGAAAUACAGAUCGUCUAAAAAAAUAAUAAAAACCAUCUUGUUGCCCUGAAAGAGAAUCAAUAUGCUGUUUAUAAUAAGGAUGAUCUUAAUGCUGUUGAAGAUCAAUUUUUUUAAGAUAAGCAUUCACAAAAACCUCAAGAAGUUGACAAAGCUAAUUCCGAUGAUGAUUAUUGA